AUGCGCAAACCAUCAGCCUGCAGUACUUGCCGAGCACGACGGCGCAAAUGCAUCUAUCUGACAAGCGACCGGUCUGAUCGUGUGAUUGCAUGCGAGUAUUGUCGGUCUCGAGCAUUGCAAUGUGUCCAGAAGCCCCCUGACGGUGGCUACUACGCUCAACGUCAAGCCAGAAUCGAAGAAUUUGAAGCAACUCAACAGGUGCCGAUGUCACCGGGAGUUUCGUUAUCACCAACACAAUGUCAGACUCCGACCGAAUUGCCGCCAAUGCCCCUGAGACUGGAGCUGGUGAGCUUGUAUUUUGACUACAUUCAUGAUCAGUUCCACUCCAUGUAUCAUCGUCCAUCGUUUACCGAGGAUGUUGCACACGAGAGGGUGCCGAAAAUCAUCCUACUCGCCAUCUUUGCACUUUCAAGCAGAUUCUCGAGCAAUCAAGUUUACAUGGAACUGGAUCCAAGAGAAAGGGGCGAAGGAUUCCGCACUGCAAGCGAGGCACUACUGAACCUACGCGAUAUCUCCCCGGUCACGGUACAAGCAUGUGUAUUGCUGGGUGCUUAUGCAGCUGCCCAUGGUGACACAGAUGUUGAGAAUGUGUACUACAGCACGGCAGGUCGUAUGUGUUUGGUCCUUGACCUGCCCAAUAGACCGGUUGCAAGUCUUCUAGAGAGAGAGGUCAAUAUCAGAGUGUGGUGGACUGUUUGCAUGGUUGAUGUGUGGUCAUCAGCCGCAGUCAAGGUUCCGAGAAUCAUGCCCUUGCACAGUUCGGUCUCAUUUCCUAUCGACGAGAUCCCCUUCUCGUCAAUGAGCGCCGAUUUCACGUCUAAUUUCAUCAACAACCCAACAACAUACGAGUCACCAAUCCUUACGGAAAUGAUUAGACUCAACAGGAUACUUUUACAAGUCAUCGACUUCAAUCGCAAAUGCGUAUCGGAGCAUCUUGAAGGCGAGACCUUGGAGAUGGGAGUGCGCUCCUUGUCUCGAGAACUCAGUGUUUGGUUGGAGAGCUUACCUCACCAUAUGAGGGAUACCCCUGAAAACUUCAAGUGGUUUGCUGAUCGUGGCUUUGGACGCAUGUUUGCAGCACUGUACCUUGGGUAUUACCACUAUGGUCAGCUGCUCAAUUAUCAAUUCCUGGGAGCAGACGCUAUCUCUACCUCAACGCUAUAUGCUGCGGACUGUAAGCAUCACGCCUCGAAACUCUGCGAAGUGGUCUAUCGAUCUUUUGCGACUCCUGGCAGCGAGGUCAUGUACCCAGCGGUUGCGCAUAUCCUCGUGAUAGCCUCCACGGUUCAGAUCCACACCCUGCUCUUCUCAGGCGAUAAUGGCCAGAUACGACAGGCUAAGUCACGCCUUGAACGCAACUUCGAGAUACUCUUGCGACUGCGCCCGUUCUGGUCCAGUGUUGACAGCGCUAUGAGCCGCUUGAGGGCCUUCCAUCAAACUUGUUUGCGAAGCAAAGAUACAAGUUUCGUUCUAGAUCGGUGGCUGCUACGUUUCCUAGUUCAGUUCGCUCCGCACAUGGAACUCGAGCCGCGUGACAACGAUCCACAUUACGAGGCGCUCCUGGCUCUCUCGAAACAAUCGCCGUUGUCGUGUUCCUCGUUAUCGGCAAGCUCACCAGUAGUGCCCAGGUAG